AGAGCAGUCAGUUGCUGUGACUGUGGAAACAUUUGGGUUGCUAGGUGGGGCCUCCUGCACAACACUAUAAAAGCAUCGGCAGCUCUCUGCUCUCUUAUCCUGACUGUGCCAUCCUGAGGAGUAGUAUUUGUGGAAAGGAAGAUACUCAUCAACAUGGCUAUGGUAUCAGAAUUCCUGAAGCAGGCAUGGUUCAUGGAUAAUCAGGAGCAGGAAUGUAUUAAAAGUUCAAAAGGUGGUCAUUCAGUACAGUCGUACCCAAAGUUUGAUCCAUCAGCUGAUGUUGCUGCUUUGGACAAAGCUAUUACAGUAAAAGGUGUGGAUGAAGCCACCAUAAUUGACAUCUUGACUAAAAGAACAAAUGCUCAGCGUCAGCAGAUUAAAGCUGCCUAUCAGCAGGCUAAAGGAAAGAGUCUGGAAGAAGACCUGAAAAAGGUUCUGAAAGGCCACCUGGAAGAUGUUGCCGUGGCUCUACUUAAAACUCCAGCUCAGUUUGAUGCUGAAGAAUUAAGGGCCUCUAUGAAAGGGCUUGGAACUGAUGAAGAUACGUUAAUUGAGAUUCUGGCCUCAAGAAACAACAGAGAGAUCAGAGAAGCCAGUAGAUACUACAAGGAAGUACUGAAGAGAGAUCUGACACAAGACAUCAUCUCUGACACAUCUGGAGACUUUCAGAAGGCUUUAGUUGCUCUUGCUAAAGCUGACCGCUCUGAAGAUCCUCAAGUGAAUGAUGAGCUUGCUGAUAGUGAUGCCAGGGCCUUAUAUGAAGCAGGAGAGAGAAGGAAAGGAACGGAUAUUAAUGUGUUUGUUACUGUUCUUACUGCAAGAAGCUACCCCCAUCUCCGAAGAGUCUUUCAGAAGUACACCAAAUACAGCAAGCAUGAUAUGAAUAAGGUACUAGAUUUGGAGCUGAAAGGUGAUAUUGAGAACUGCCUGACUGCCCUUGUGAAGUGUGCCACAAGCAAGCCAGCUUUCUUUGCUGAAAAACUCCACUUGGCAAUGAAGGGCCUUGGGACACGGCACAAACAGCUCAUCAGAAUCAUGGUUUCACGCCAUGAAGUAGACAUGAAUGAGAUCAAAGCUUAUUAUAAGAGUCUGUAUGGUAUCUCUCUUCGCCAAGCCAUUAUGGAUGAACUCAAAGGGGAUUAUGAAAACAUCCUGGUGGCUUUGUGUGGAAGUGAUUAAAUAAGUUUCUUGUUCCUAUGAUGCACCCAUCCCUGUUGCUGAAGGUCUUUAUAUUUGAUUCAGCUGUCUAUAUAAAAUACAGGCUUUACACAGUGAGGUUUCUCUGGAAUGGUAUUUAGUGUACAUGUACUAUGAGGAAAACCUGGAACUUGGAAUGUAUUUUUUCAAUAUCUUUAUUCCGUAUGGCUCUAAUAUAAUCUUUUUACCAUUAUUUAUCCAAAGUCAAGGAAUGCUUUGAAGUUUCUAUUUGCUUGAUUAAUCAUGAAACAAGUUGUCAUCUAAGAAAAUUAAAUAAAUU